AUGGUUAACAUUUUAUAUGGCGCUCUCCAGCAAGAUGGUUCAGUUUCACCAACGACCUCUGACAUGGUCGCUUUUCCAGACCCCAACUUACCAAUGUCUUCCGGUAAUCCACAGGUAUACAGUCAGGGCGAUAUUGCAUGGCAGCUCACUUCCACAUUCCUUGUCUGGCUAAUGAUACCUGGUCUUGGCCUCUUCUAUGCCGGUCUUACCCGCAGAAAAAACGCAAUGCACCUCCUUUUUAUGUCUUUGAUCGGUAUCGCAGUUGUCUCCUUGGAAUGGGUCUGCAUGGGCUACAGCUUAACUUUUGGAAACUCUCACGGCGGUUACAUUGGUGACCUACAGUCUUUUGGUGGUUUCAAAGAUAUUUUAGAUCAGGAUCAAUCAAACUUACCUAUGCUCGUUCACGCUUGGUACCAAGGUACUUUUGCGUGUAUCACUAUUGUUAUUGCUCUUGGAGCGCUCGCAGAAAGAGGCAGAUUACUUCCUUCAAUGCUCUUCAUCUUGUGUUGGACGAUCAUUGUAUACAAUCCAAUAGCUCACUGGACCUGGAAUUCAGAUGGUUGGAUGGCUGUUUUGGGAUCACUGGAUUUCGCCGGUGGUUCUCCUGUUCACAUCAACGCUGGUGUUGCUGCCCUCGCAAUUUCACUUUUUGUUGGCAAGAGAAGAGGAUAUGGCACAAAUCAAAUCGCAUUCAGACCACACUCCCCUGUCCUUGUCUUUCUAGGUACUGUUUUUCUUUGGAUUGGAUGGUUUGGCUUCAACGGUGGAUCUGCAUUUGGCGCAAACCUCCGUGCAGCUCAAGCAUGUAUUGUCACAAACACAGCUGCAUCAAUGGGUGGUCUCACUUGGGUUUUACUCGACUACAGGCUUGAAAGAAAAAUUUCAGUCGUUGGUUUCUGCUCUGGUGCUAUUUCUGGUUUGGUUUGCAUUACACCUGCCUCGGGCUAUGUUGGAACUCCUGCAUCAUUCCUCUUUGGUUUCAUUGGCGCAUUAGCAAGCAACUUCGGAACUAAGCUGAAAGACCUCGUGCGCAUUGACGACGCAUUGGAUAUUUUCAGUGCUCACGCUGUUGCUGGUAUAUGCGGCAACAUCCUCACCGCAAUCUUUGCUCAAUCGAGUGUUGCAAGUUUCGAUGGAUCAGACCCCAUUGACGGUGGAUGGCUCGAUGGUCACUUUGUUCAGUUAGGCUACCAGCUCGCUGACACAGUUACUGUUAUUGCGUACUCAUUCGUUAUGACUUACAUCCUUCUAUUCCUCAUCAACCUCAUUCCAGGAUGUCAGUUCAGAGCAGACGAUGAUGACGAAAUAAUGGGUAUGGAUUUGGCUGAACUGGGAGAACCAGAGUCUGAUCUUUAUGACGUUCUCACUGCUGAUGUUCCAGCGUUGCUUCAAGGUGAACAUUCAAUUCAAAACUUUGGGGUUCAUUCAAACCCAACAACCGAAAAAGUAAACAACGAUUCUCAGUCUGGGGGACAUGAAGUCAAGCAUGAAGUCGGGAAUGAACAGGCAUGA